UUCGGAAUUCAGAUACCCUAGACUGGGGCCCGGUUAGGGUUUUCUAGCUCACUAUAAAUAUUCGAUGGUGCCUCUAUCGCACACUCUUCGGAUCUCUCUGCGGCCGCUGGGGGCGAACUCUAGAACCAACCAUGGUUCACGUCAGUUUCUACAGAAACUAUGGGAAGACAUUUAAGAAGCCUCGUCGUCCCUAUGAGAAGGAGAGGCUUGAUGCGGAACUGAAGUUGGUCGGUGAGUAUGGGCUUCGCUGCAAGCGGGAACUCUGGAGGGUGCAGUAUGCACUGAGCAGGAUUCGAAAUGCUGCAAGGGAGCUUUUGACACUUGAUGAAAAGAACCCUCGUCGUAUUUUUGAAGGAGAGGCUCUCCUUCGCCGGAUGAACCGCUAUGGACUCCUUAAUGAAGGACAGAACAAGCUUGAUUAUGUCCUUGCCCUCACUGUUGAGAACUUCUUGGAGCGUCGUCUUCAGACUCUUGUCUUUAAGUCAGGGAUGGCAAAGUCUAUUCACCAUGCAAGGGUCCUCAUCAGACAGCGCCAUAUAAGAGUUGGUAGGCAGGUGGUCAACAUCCCAUCAUUCAUGGUGAGGGUUGAUUCAGGAAAGCACAUCGACUUCUCCUUGAUGAGUCCAUUCGGUGGUGGCCGCCCUGGAAGGGUGAAGAGAAAGAACCAAAAGGCUGCGGCAAAGAAGGCUGCUGGCGGUGAUGAUGAAGAAGAUGAAGAAUGAGCAAUAUGCAUCACAAAUGUGAUGGUUUGGUUUUACUACUCCCCUAUUUAACCAGUUUAUGCUGAUUUUGUUGUCAGUUUCUUCUGAACCUUUUGAGUUAGCACCUUAUCUUCCCCUCUCUGGAACUCUUGGAGUUUUACUUUAAACUUGGUUUUUUGGAAUCUGAUGAAUCUUAUAUUGUUUAGACACCAGCCAUUUCAUAUUUAAUAUUAGAUCUGAGAAUGCUGAUUGCUUUCA